AUGUUCUCCAGACGGGCCGUUCAGGCCCUCCGCAGCAAUGCCUUCGCCGCCGCUCAGAACCCGUCCCUGGCCGCGCGUACAUACGCGACGACUGUGCAAUCAGACAUCUUCAAGCCAACCAAGUUCGGCGGCAAGUACACUGUCACGCUGAUCCCAGGUGACGGUAUCGGUGCGGAAGUCUCAGAAUCGGUCAAGACCAUCUUCAAGGCCGACAAUGUGCCCGUCGAGUGGGAGCAGGUCGAUGUGUCUGGUAUGGAGGCUGGCGGCAAACACUCUGAGGAACUCUUCCGUGAGUCCAUCGCCUCGCUCAAGCGCAACAAGCUCGGUUUGAAGGGUAUCCUCCACACUCCCGUAACCCGAUCUGGACACCAAUCUUUCAACGUCGCCCUGCGUCAAGAACUCGACAUCUACGCCUCCAUCGUCCUGAUCAAGAACAUUCCUGGCUACGAGACCCGACACAAGAACGUCGACCUGUGCAUCAUCCGUGAGAACACCGAGGGUGAGUACUCCGGCCUGGAGCAUCAAUCCGUUAGCGGCGUCGUCGAAUCGCUCAAGAUCAUCACCCGCGCCAAGUCGGAGCGCAUCGCCAAGUUUGCUUUCUCCUUCGCCCUCGCCAACAACCGCCGCAAGGUCACCUGCAUUCACAAGGCCAACAUCAUGAAGCUGGCCGAUGGUCUGUUCAGAAACACUGUACGAAAGGUCGGCGAGGAAUACCCAACAAUCGAGACCAACGACAUGAUCGUCGACAACGCAUCCAUGCAGUGUGUCAGCCGACCUCAACAAUUCGACGUUAUGGUCAUGCCUAACCUGUACGGUGGCAUUCUCUCCAACAUUGGCGCUGGUCUCGUCGGUGGUCCUGGUAUUGUUCCCGGUUGCAACAUGGGUCGUGAGGUCGCCGUUUUCGAGCCAGGAUGCCGACACGUUGGUCUUGAUAUCCAGGGCAAGGACCAGGCCAACCCAACUGCUUUGAUCCUGUCUGGAAGUAUGAUGCUGAGACAUCUUGGACUGGACGAGCACGCCAACCGUAUCAGCAAGGCCGUUUACGAUGUCAUUGCCGAAGGCAAGACGCGGACACGCGACAUGGGCGGUUCAUCCACGACACAUGAAUUCACGAGGGCCAUUCUUGACCAGAUGGAGCGAUCAGGAUAG